AUGGCGGCGCCCGAGGCCUGGCGCGCCCGGAGUUGCUGGUUCUGCGAGGUAGCGGCGGCAACGACCAUGGAGGCCACGUCCCGGGAGGCGGCGCCAGCGAAGAGCUCGGCCUCGGGCCCCAGCGCUCCCCCCGCCCUGUUCGAGCUGUGCGGGCGGGCGGUGAGCGCCCAUAUGGGGGUUCUGGAGAGCGGGGUGUGGGCCCUCCCAGGCCCAAUACUGCAAAGCAUCUUACCUCUGCUCAAUAUAUAUUACUUGGAGAGGAUUGAGGAAACUGCCCUCAAGAAAGGCCUCUCCACUCAGGCCAUUUGGCGUCGACUAUGGGAUGAGUUAAUGAAGACAAGGCCGUCCAGUUUGGAAAGUGUGACCUGUUGGAGAGCCAAAUUUAUGGAGGCCUUCUUUUCCCAUGUCCUUCGUGGGACCAUCGAUGUAUCUUCUGACAGGCGUCUCUGUGACCAGCGCUUCUCGCCUCUCCUGCAUAGCUCCCGCCAUGUCCGGCAGCUCACCAUCUGCAACAUGCUGCAGGGUGCAACUGAGCUGGUGGCCGAGCCCAACCGCAGGGUUCUGGAGACCCUGGCCAGUUCCCUGCACACCCUCAAGUUCCGCCACCUCCUGUUCUCUGAUGUGGCAGCUCAACAGUCCCUGAGGCAGUUGCUGCAUCAGCUGAUUCAUCAUGGGGCUGUCAGCCAGGUGUCCCUGUACUCCUGGCCUGUGCCUGAGUCGGCCCUUUUCAUCCUUAUCCUCACCAUGAGUGCUGGGUUCUGGCAGCCAGGCCCGGGAGGGCCACCCUGCCGCCUGUGUGGUGAGGCCUCCCGAGGCCGGGCCCCAUCCCGCGAUGAAAGCUCCCUCUUACUGGGCUCACGCAGGCCUCGCCGGGAUGCUGCUGAGAGAUGUGCUGCUGCCCUGAUGGCCUCACGGCGAAAGAGCGAAGCCAAGCAGACAGCUAGAGCUGCACCUUCCUCCAGGAUCACACGCAGGAGCACGCAGGAAAGCCUGGCAGCAGGCGGGACAGAUCCAAAGCAGGAGCUGCACACUCCAGCCACUUCCCAGGAGGCUUCUGGCAACAAGCGGCCCCACUCAUCUCCAGCCGCCACCACCUCUGCUGCCUCCUCUUCUGCAUCAGCAUCCAAACGGGCUCCAGCUAGCUCAGCCCCACAGCCUAAGCCCCUAAAGCGUUUCAAGCGAGCUGCAGGGAAGAAGGGCCCUCGAGGCCGGCAGGGGUCAGGUGCAGAGCCUGAAGACCUGUAUGACUUUGUCUUCAUUGUGGCUGGUGAAAAGGAAGAUGGGGAAGAGAUGGAGAUUGGGGAAGUGGCUUGUGGAGCCCUGGAAGGAUCCGAUCCCAGCCUCCUGGGACUCCCAGCACUGGAAACCUCCCAGCGGUUCCGCAGCAUUUCUACCUUGGAGCUCUUCACAGUCCCGCUCUCCACAGAGGCGGCUCUAACACUGUGUCAUCUGCUGAGCUCCUGGGUGUCUCUGGAGAACCUUACACUCUCCUAUAAUGGCCUGGGCUCCAACAUCUUCCGCCUCCUGGAAAGUCUUCGUGCCCUAUCAGGCCAGGCUGGGUGCCACCUCCGUGCCCUACAUCUCAGUGACCUGUUCUCACCACUGCCCAUUCUGGAGCUGACGAGGGCCAUUGUGCGAGCCUUGCCCCUACUGCGGGUUCUUUCUAUUCGAGUCGACCACCCCAGCCAAAGGGACAAUCCAGCUGUGCCAGGGAAUGCAGGACCCCCUAGCCACAUAAUUGGAGAUGAAGAGAUACCAGAAAACUGCCUGGAACAACUGGAAAUGGGAUUUCCACGUGGAGCCCAGCCUGCUCCAUUGCUCUGCUCUGUACUGAAGGCCUCGGGUUCUCUGCAACAACUGUCCCUGGAUAGUGCCACCUUUGCUUCAGCCCAGGAUUUUGGGCUUGUGCUGCAAACACUCAAAGAGUAUAACCUAGCACUGAAGAGGCUCAGCUUCCACGACAUGAAUCUGGCUGACUGUCAGAGCGAGGUGCUCUUUUUGCUACAAAAUCUGACACUUCAAGAGAUUACCUUCUCCUUCUGCCGUCUGUUUGAGAAGCGCCCAACCCAAUUUCUGCCUGAGAUGGUUGCUGCUAUGAAGGGGAAUUCCACACUGAAGGGCCUUCGACUGCCAGGGAACCGCCUGGGGAACGCUGGUCUGCUGGCCCUGGCAGAUGUUUUCUCAGAGGACUCAUCUUCCUCACUGUGUCAGCUGGACAUCAGUUCCAACUGCAUCAAGCCAGAUGGACUUCUGGAAUUCGCCAAGAGGCUGGAGCGAUGGGGCCGUGGAGCCUUUGGUCACCUGCGCCUCUUCCAGAAUUGGCUGGACCAGGAUGCAGUCACAGCCAGGGAAGCCAUCCGGAGGCUCCGGGCUACCUGCCACGUGGUUAGCGAUUCUUGGGACUCCUCCCAGGCCUUUGCAGAUUAUGUCAGCACCAUGUGAUGGGGCUCUACCUCACAGGUCCCUGCAAAGGCUGAGGCGUGGGGUGCCCAGAACUCCCCGCCAUCAAUUCUUUCUCUUUUAGCCACUUUUCCCUCUCUUUUCUUCCCUCCUCCCUUUCACUGAGGUCCAGGAAGCCUUGAUGGGGCCCAGCAACAGCAUUUCCACCCUAGGUUUAGAAGGCCUUUGGGCCCUUACUCAGUGCCCUGAAAACCCUGGCCACAAGUUGACAGUGCUCAUUGGUCACUGAGGGAAGCCCCUGUUCCCACUGUCCCUACCCCAGGGGUUCCUGCUUUCCUUCUUCACGCAGGUACCCAGGCUUUAGAGACAUGUAGGGUGCCUACUACCAGCUCUCUUCUCUGUUGGGCUCACCAGGCUGCUCCCAAGCCUCAGUUCCUUUCAUACCUUUAUUCCUUUCUUUUUUUUAACCAAAAAAGUUUUUCUUAUAAAAUAAAUUUUGGGCAAACA